AAUAAUUCCAUCGUCUUGGAAUUGUGUGGUCUAGCGAAGCGUGCAGGACAGGAGAUGACGACGGCCAUGGCUUUCUUCUCUUACCCUUCGUGCGCCUCCUUAACAGCUCCUCCGCCCUCUCUUCGGCUCUCUGCUACGCCCUCCUACCUUGCCGCCUCCAGCUCCCUCUUCUUCUCAGGCGGCCGGGGCAGGGCCUCCCUCGCCGUCGCCCUUCGUCCCCGCACCCUACGCCGCCGUCAGGCAGGGGGCGGCGCCCUAGGCUGCCGAUGCCUGUUCGGCCUCGGGGUUCCUGAGCUCGUCGUCAUCGCGGGGGUCGCCGCGCUCGUCUUUGGCCCGAAGAAGCUCCCCGAUAUCGGGCGGAGCAUCGGCAAGACCGUUAAGAGCUUCCAACAGGCUGCAAAAGAAUUUGAAACUGAAUUGAAGAAGGAUCCUGAAGAUUCUGAAAGCUCGAAAUCUGCAAAUGACGAAGAUGAGAGAAAAGAACUCGAGACAUCGGGCUCAAAAGACGGUCGAUGAUUGUUGUUACUUAUUUCGGUUUUGAUGUUUUAUAUUGCAAUAGAAAUGAGACUCGAGCUAUGUCAUGGAAAAUAUAUAUCUAUAUUUUUCUAAUUUUUCUUUUUAA